AUGGAUACUGUCUGGAGCGGCGGGCACAGGUGUGCUGCGGGCCGAGGUCCGGGGAUGUCGGCCAAGACCGGUGGCGGCGGGGAGGGCGCUGACAGAGGAAAUCAUCGAUUGGCGAAGAAACGCCGGCCCGCCGGACGUGGAAUGCGGGAGUCGAACGGCCGCAGUGGAGGCAGCCGAGCACUCGUCGGGGCCGCCGCCGCCGCCGCUGCCGGCGGCCCCAGGAAUUCCGUAAUUAGCCGGCUGGACAGCGUCCGAAUUCCGGCAGGGCCGGUGCGCCGCCAGCUGAGGGCGGCCGGGGUGGGAGGGGGCGGCGGGGGUGGCGGGGGCGGCGCCGACUGCUCUGCCGACCGGUGCCACUCUGCCGACGCGGCCCCACGUGCGUCCCCCUGCCGUACCCCGCCACUCCACUCCAUUACUGACACCUCAGCCUAG